AUGUUCUCCGUGAUCCUCCCAGGCCGCCCGUGCCUAACAGACAUCGUCGCCGUCGACGCGCAACCAAACGGGCAAGCGACGAAAUUCGCCUUCAACUUCCCACUCACCCCGUACUUCUCCGAACUCGUCGUCUUCUUCCUCCCCGGCACAGUCCUCCCCCCGGACACAGCGGCCGCAAUCUACAUCCAGUUCCCGGGCUCGGAUUUCCGCUUCAUCGGCGCCCUCGCAAACGAGAAACCCUCGUCUAUAAUCAAAGUCUCGCCGCCGCAACCCACAGAGACGCAAACUGGGGACCAGAUGCUGGAUGGCGGGUCGGGGAAUAGCAGUCCCGUCGUGACGCUCGGGAUAUCGAUUGAGCCCGUGCAGGUCGUUGCGCCGCAGCUGGCCGCGCUGGAAGCUAGUACUUCGUCUGGUACGAUCACGGGAAACGAGCUUGUGCCCGUGACGCCGCAGCAAAAGGCGAUCACGACCAAGGUGCUCGCGCAGCGGAUCAUCGGGAAUGCGUUCAACUUCCUAGCGAGCUUUUCGGGGUCGUCGGAUCCGUCGGGGCGUGGGCAGGAGGUUGUCCCGCUCAAGGCGUUUCAGGACUGGUGGACGAAGUUUGAGAGGAAGAUUGAUAAUGAUCCGACGUUCUUAGAGAGGGAGGAUCCGAGCGCCAAUGGUUAG